CUUGAAGGGAACGUACUAAAAGACGCCGUGGGUGGAGAAGAAUUGGAGUAUCUUCUGAAGAUCAACUGCUACCCACCUUGCCCUCGCCCUGAUCUGAUACUUGGUGUGCCGGCACAUACCGAUAUGUCGGCCUUAACAGUUCUAGUUCCCAACGAUGUCCCAGGACUCCAAGUCUUCAAAGAUGACCGAUGGUUUGAUGCAAAGUAUAUCCCCAACGCUCUCGUCAUCCACAUUGGUGACCAGCUUGAGAUCUUAAGCAAUGGCAAAUACAAGAGUGUCUUGCAUAGGACCACAGUGAACAAAGAGAUGACAAGGAUGUCAUGGCCAGUGUUUUUCUCGCCACCUGCAGAGAUGGUUAUAGGUCCUCUUCCACAACUUGUUAAUGAAGAUAACCCUGCAAAGUACAAGAGUAAGAAAUACAAGGACUAUCAAUACUGCAAGCUCAACAAACUUCCACAGUAGAACUACUAAAUAAAGGAUUGAAAACAAGUGUGGUUAAAUAAAGUAGUAGUCCCUUCUUUCCCUUUUCUUUGGGUUUGGUUAUUUGUAAUGUUGACCUUGUCUUAUAUGGUUUUGUUAGCUUCUUGGUCAUGGUCAUGGUCAUGAAAAGAACUUAUAAAUGAAAGGGGCCAAAUAAAAAUUUUUUGAUAGUUAAUUGGAUGGUUAGGCUAUUUUUUUAUUUUAUUUUAUUUUAUUUUAUUUGUGUACUUGUGGAACUUGAUUGUUUGGAAUGAAAAGAUGUGUAUGUGAACA